GCUGUUGAACAAGGAGUGAAUUUUGCCCAAAUUUAGCGAAAUUUUCGAAUUUCAAUAGGAUAAAUCUAACCAUCAUGAAAAGAAAGGAAAAAUCCGAAAGUGAAACUGGAUUCGAGGGAUGGGGCGACUACAUGGGUGCCAAAAUAUCCAAACUGGAGGACCAAUUUCGUCACAGUGCCGCAAGCGCGGGCGAAAAGCUAUCGGAUCUAUUCGCCGGAAUUUCAAUCUUCGUCAAUGGCUACACCAAUCCUUCGUCCGACGAACUGAAGCGGCUCAUGAUGCAGCAUGGUGGAAUUUACCAUCACUACAAACGCUCAACCACGACCUACACCAUUGCCUCAAAUCUUCCCGAUGUCAAGGUGAAAUCGAUUACUUCCGAGGUGAUCAUCAGUCCCCAAUGGGUAGUGGAUUGCAUCGAACAGAAGCGAAUCGUAGACCAUUCCAAAUAUUUGCUGUACUCCAAUCAUAAGCCUUCGCAACCGAAGCUGGCAUUUGGGAGACUCGACAAGAAUGUCGAUAUCCAGAAGCCGGUAGCGAAACCGGACGGAAAAGACGAUAUAAGCAAGGAUGAAUUUAUGAGCCUGAUGAGCAAGUUGCAUGUACUGAAUGAGAAGAUCAAGGAAUCGGCGAGUGCUGAGAAGAAAUCCUCUACGGACGAAACUAAGCCACUCCAAGAAGAAUCGAAACAAAACGAAAUUAUCGGCGAAGCGGAAAUCGCAAGAAUGGAGGAACAGGUCCUAUCCGAAUCCACAGAGGUUUUCGACCAAAACCCCACACCGGAAGAACCAACCACUAGCAAGGCGGAUGUAUCCGUUAACGAUUCGAAAAAACCGUCUCCGCGUAAGACCAUGAGAGCAACCGAUCCCAAUUUCCUCGCCGAAUUCUUCAACAACUCCCGUCUGCAUCACAUAGCGACCCUGGGAGCAGGCUUCAAACAAUACGUCGGAGAGUUGCGAGAAUCGCACGAUGGCUCGUUCCCGGAGCGAGAAACCCUGCGUCGCGCGCUACCCAAAUCAGACGACCUCGAUGGACCACGUGGUCCAUUCAUCAUGCACAUCGACAUGGAUUGUUUCUUCGUAUCGGUUGGCUUGCGGAAGCAUCCUCAUCUGCGGGGGCAACCGGUGGCCGUGACGCAUUCGAAGGGAUCCGAUGCGGGCAAGGUACAGUCCCGUCCGGGACAGAACCGUUCUCUGGAGAUCGAACUGUACCAGAAGCGACUGGAGGAAAGGUACAAGACACCGGAUAUUCCGUACGAGUCGCGGCUGCUCAAUAUGGACGAUAACAACUCGAUGUCGGAGGUUGCAUCCUGCAGCUACGAGGCGAGAAAGAUGGGCGUCAAGAAUGGGAUGUUUGUCGGAUCGGCACUGAAGCUGUGCCCGAAGCUGAAGACGAUUCCGUACGAUUUCGAUGGAUACCGGGAGGUGGCUUUCACGCUGUACAAUACCAUUGCGAGGUACACCCUGAACAUCGAAGCGGUCAGCUGUGACGAGAUGUUUGUAGACCUGACCGACCUGAUCCAGGACAUCGGUGCCGACGACGUGAUGGACUUUGUCGGCUUCGUCCGAGAGCAGAUCAAGGAAUCCACCGGCUGUCCCUGUUCGGCCGGCGUAGGGGCCAACCGUUUGCAAGCCCGCAUGGCCACCAAGAAAGCCAAGCCCAACGGGCAGUACUACCUGGCACCGGAGACGGUCGGCGAAUACAUGCGCGACAUUCCGAUUAGCGAAUUGCCGGGCAUUGGGCCCAGUACGACGUAUCGGUUGAAGCAGCUAUCUUGGAACACCUGCGAGGAUCUGCAGAUGGUUUCCGGUGCCAUUUUACAGCGAGAGUUUGGGAAGAAAUUUGGCGAUACGAUCUAUCAGGCCUGUCGAGGAAUUGAUGAGCGUCCGUUGGUGUACGAGCAAGUUAGGAAAUCGGUGUCCGUGGAUGUAAACUACGGGAUUCGGUUUAAAGAGGAGGCCGAGGUUGAGCGGUUUAUGAAACAGCUGUCUGAGGAGAUUCAUAAACGACUGAACGAGAUCAAGAAGCGUGGCAAGUUGAUAACGGUAAAACUGCUGGUUAGGGCAUCGGAUGCACCGGUUGAGACGGCCAAGUUCAUGGGCCACGGACUGUGCGAUAUCAUUACCAAGUCUUGCCCGUUGAAGGAUUUCACGUGCGAUUUGGCACUAAUUGAGAGGUCGGUAUUGGCUUUGAUGAAGCAGAUAGCGGCACCACCCCAUGAGCUACGGGGGAUAGGGCUACAGAUUUCCAAGUUCGAGGAGAAGAAGGCUCACACGGAGUCGAAGAAUUCUUUGAAAACAAUGUUCGAGAAAGCGGCGGCGAAGCAGGAGUCGGCUGUUCGGUCAGAGCAACCAUCCGUAUCGAAGCUGGAGGUUACGCCAACCAAAAUCGUAUUGAUUUCUGCUGCCCGGACAGAAGUGACUCCAAAGAGGAAAUCGGAAACAACACCGAAGAAGCUGAAACCGGCGGCGCCUAAAUUCGGUCGCGGUCGCGGUCGGCCACCAAAGCACCUAUCGUUGAACAAGUCCAAACAAAGCAACGAUAUGCUGCGGUUCCUCAAGGAGGGUAAGGCGGACUCCAGGGCAGAAGGAAUCCCCGAAGGUUUGGAUGCAGAAUUCCUGGCUGCCCUACCGGACGAAAUCCGUGCCGAGGUAAUCAAAGACUACAAAAUUCAAGCUAGAAGCCAUAAAAGUGAACCGGUUCAGCAACUCAAACCGAGAGAACCUUCCCCGAAACCGUCCACGUCCUCGAAUCGGGUAAUCGAAGAAGCGCCAUCCGCUACCGAGAAAAUCAGCGUGGAUUUGAAAUUCCUUCAGGCUCUGCCGCCGGAACUCCGUCAGGAAGUCGAGAGGCAAAUCGAACUGCAGAAGGAUACCAUGGUCAUAACCAGCAGCGAACCGGAGUUCUACGAACGUUUGCAGGUCACGCCGGAGUCUAGCCCGGCGAAGGAACUUCCGCCACCUCCGGAAAGUGUUGAAACGAAGGAACCGGAAAUGGGGCCGAAUAUUCUGCUUCGAGCGGACUGGCGCAACAUGCUGUCGUCGUGGGUUGACAGCGCCGAUGAGCCGGAAGACGUGGACGUGGAUAUGAUUGCAGCCAAUGCCAGGGAGCUGGUGGAUGGCAAACGGUUGUGCGAGGUUCACCUGGCGUUACGAUUUAUGUUUCGGAUCUUAGAAGAACGAGCGCUUUGCCCAUGGCAUCAGGCUUACUUUAGAAUUGUAGAUGCGGUUCAAUUGGGAAUGCUAGAAGUUUAUCGCACCAAAUUGGCCGUAAAUAGGGAUUUUGGCUGCGGUAAUGCCGAUUGUUGCAAUGCUAAGGAGUAGAGGAAGUCCUUUUGA